AUAAUGUAUCUUUAUUGGGAUCCCAUUAGCUGACACCAUGAGGAAAACUAAUCUUCCUGGGAUCCAUAAACGCAACAAAAAUACAUUACUCUCUUACCAAUCCAUUUUUUAGGAUUUAUUGAGAAUAUCACUUGAAUAUGAGGCAUGGCGUGUGUGUUUACUUCUGGGCAUUAUUACGAUUCAUUUGCAAGUUAUUAUCUGUAUAGUUCAGUUUGAGGUUAUCAUGAAACUCUGCAAGCAGCUGCGAUAAGACAAAGGGCUCAAUUCAAUCUGUUGCGCUGAAGAUCCACUUUAUAGUGCAAUUGACAAAGGCAAUGAAACUGCAUUCACGGUAAACGCUGCAUAUGUCAGCUCAAUCGGAAGUUACCAAUACAUUUUAAUGUUGAUCUUCCAGGAUACCUCGGCGAUAUGGAUUGAAUCCAGCCCUAACUUAGACUAACAUAAGACUAACUGUACAGACUGCUGCUACUGUAUAUGAUUAACAUAGCACACACUAAGACAACAUCGUCUGCACAUAGCACAAAUCAUCUGCAACUCACAUAUUGCUGUCACAUUUUCAGAAACACACAGAGAAAACUUGUAUUUUACCUUAAUUAACAUGUCAAGUGCAAUAGCAUGGUCUCUCUUUGUAAUGACUUCGUCUGUCAUUUAUUUGAUGUGUUUACAGAAGUAUAUUUGUGUGUAUGAAGGGCAUAUGAGUACAGAUGUAUAGAGGAAGUAGAUAUCAUAAAGCUACUAUUUACCCACACUAUCAAUAGCAACCAUCUGUUUUCAGGUAUAAUUUGAUGCUUAUAUUUUUUCUCCAGCAGCAUUGCCUUGAGUGUGAACCUUCUUUUUUACACCAUUGUCUUUUUUGAAAAUACCAAGUUUCAGUCUGAAUUUAGAAUUAUGUGCCCUUCACUUCACAGUGCAGAGGUGCAGAUUCAAAUAACUUUCACUCUUAUUGCAGUGUUAUUAUUUACAGCUCUGUGUCCCAGGAUCAGUUUUAAUUGGUUUAAUAUUGCGUCUUUAAUUAACAGUUAUUUUUCUCUCUCAGUUUUCUGCUCCGAUAUAACCAAAACUGGAAACGAUGGGCAAUGUUCUUCAUAUGAGGUCUGUAGAGGUCCCUUUCCCAAAGAGAUCCCUCAACCUCCGCAGCGUCCAUUGCCCCCUCCCUACCAACAAUUACCAACAGCACUACUGCUACAACAGCAACAACAGCAAUAACACUAAAGUGACCGAGGAGGAGUCCUACCCUCAGGCCACACAGCAGGCCUCAGGUCAGGAGGUCAAAACUGGGGAAAGUGGUGAAAAGAAAGCCUCCAAACCCCAAGAUGGCCACUCUAAAGACACCUCAAAAACAACGUCAAAUGACAAAAAAGGUUCGUCAGUUGUCCAGCAAGAGUGGAAGCUGGAGGUUCUGUCACUAAAUAACAGCAAUAUCAUGAAAAGCCACAAAACUGUAGCGUCAACCGUAGCAACCAAAACGACAGUGGCAACUGUUGCCGGUGCGGCCCAGUCCAAGACUAGUUCUGUGUUUCAGAAAUGGGCUGCCAUGGAGUUGGAGGUCCAGAGACCCAUGACCAACCGACAGCUGUCAGAUGAGUGCGCUGCUUACUCCCUCAGGGUGGUGAAGAAGAGUACAGUGAGGAGGGAGGAGGGGGACAUACAGAGGAAUGUGGAAGGACGAGCCCCGGUGAAGCCCAAACUCCAGCCAAGACCAAGGGAGAGCUCCAGUACAGUGAGGAGUGGAAGCGUCUCAAAAAAAAAGCUCAAAAAGGAACUCUUUGCCACCACAGAAGUAUUCAGCAGUGUGGAUAACCAUGCCAUCAAUACUGGAAAAUUGCUCAGUCAAAAGAUCUUAGUUCCGACCAUCACCCAGACCAUCACCCAGACCAUCACGCAGACCAUCACAGAAGGAGCACAGAAUGAGCUGGAGAAACUGAGAGCCAUCUGGAUCUGGCUCUGCCACAACAUCGAGUACGACGUAAGUGGCUACCUUGGCCUGACGGACAAGUUGUGCUCCCCAGAAAGGGUCAUUGAGACGGGUCGGGGCGUGUGCUGUGGGUACUCCAGCGUCUGCAUGCAGAUGUGCCAGGAGGCAGGAAUCGAAUGCCAAGAGGUGUCUGGCCAUGGCAAAGGUAUUGGGUACAGGCAAGGCCAGAGCUACCAAAACACCAAGUCCCUCCACAUGUGGAACGCAGUGAAACUGGGAGGCCACUGGUAUCUACUGGACGCAUGUUGGGGAGCAGGGAGAGUAGACAUGGACAACAAAGCCUUUAUUAAGAGGUACGAUGACUUCUACUUCCUGACAGACCCUGAGGACUUCAUCAACUCCCACUGUCCAGAUGAGAAAGAGUGGCAGCUUCUGGACGAUCCCAUCCCACUGGAUGAGUUUGAGAAGAGGGUUCUAAAGACCUCGGAGUUCUACAGACUGGGUCUGACCCUCCUCCAUCCCAAACACUUCCUACUGGUCACAGAAAAUGGUGAGGCCUCGGUGUCCAUGAAGUUCACCAAGCCUGUCGACUUCACCUACCAGAUCUCUCAGCGGAGCGGCUGUGAACCCAAAGCGGUCAAUAGCUCAUCUGGCCUGCUCACUGUGACCCGGGAGAGCAUGAGGUUACGACUGCUGCCCCCUACAGGUGGCACAUAUGAUGUCAUGAUCUUUGCCCGGUCAGGCAACAACUCAGGGACGUUCAGCUGGAUCUGCUCUCUCCUGGUGGAGUGUCCAGAACAGGAACCAACUGAAGAACUCCCUGAGAACCCCUUCUUGUCCUGGGGUCUGCAGCGGAGCGCAGAGAGCCUGGGGGUGAAGAAGUGCAGCAACGGAGCAGAGGCUGCGGUGUCGGAGACUGGCUCCUUCGAGCUUGUCCUGCACACCUCCAGACCACUCAUGAUGCUGUGUGAACUGACCCAGAAAGACCUUGACCCGUCCAUAGCCAAGAGGUGUCUGGCAACUCAAAUCCAAUCUGACCGCCUCACCUGUAACGUCCUCUGUCCCUAUCUAGGUUACUAUCGGUUGUCUGUGUUUGUUCGGAACUACGAGCGAACCCAAGACGGCUUCCAGAAUGGAGGCAACUUCCUCUUGCACUGCACAGGAGGCGCUAUCAACCUCAAUGAGCUCUUUCCCCCUGCCCUUAGCACUGCUUGUGGGCCUGGCAUCCGGACGCAAGACGCUGGCCUCUCCAAGUUCAGCCACACGGGGGCGCUGGUGAGCACCCAGCAAGGAAAAUGCAACAUUACCUUCCAAAACCAACAAGACCUGGAGCUCCACGCUGUGCUGUUCAAGGAACAACGCAAGAGACUGGGGCACCCACUCUGCCGGCACGUCUUCUUCACCUACAACAGCAGCAAAGUGACCAUCAGCGUGGCCCUACCCGAGGCCGGAGUCUACAAGCUGGGCCUUUACGCCAAAACCUCCACUGACCAGGACUUCAGUCUGCUAUGUGACUUUGUGCUGUGCAACAGCUCAGGGAGCAGCUGGCCUCCGUUCCCCUGUACCUACACAGCCUGGCAGAGGGGCAGCGUGCUAUUCGAGCCCCGCGGGGGUCUCCUGGAGCCCCUGUCCUGGGUGCUGUUCAGGGUCAGGGUGCCUGGGGCCCAGAGGGUGAGCGUGGUGGGAGAGCAGCUGAUGGAGCUGCAGCUCAGUAAGAGCCGUGUGUGGGAGGGAGAGGUGUUCACCGGGGCCAGCAUGUCCCAGCUCAAACUGGCAGCCAGCGGGGGUGGAGGGGGCUCCACUGACAUGGCCAUUAUCAUGUCCUUCGAUGUGCUGAGCCAGCAGAACGAAAUGUAAAGCGAUAAGCAGGUGGGCGGGGAGGCGAGGGAUUAAUAAGAGACUGUAUAAACAGGUCUUUUACCAUAGCCUUGUUGAAGCACAGUAAAGCACGGAUGGGUUAGGCUCAAGGAAUAAGGUGCUCCAUCAGAAAUACCUUGGUUUGACAGAGGUACUGAAUGGCAUAAAUGUGAAAUUAUUUGUAGCUUUCGUUUCUGGUUCUGAUUUGUUUGUUUGUUUAGUUCAUCAGAAAAUUAUAUCUGACUAUGCCUCAAAGUUUCCUUGCAAGGUGCUGUAUGAAACACAAAUGCAAUCUUCCUGUGUAUAAUAAUUAUUAGUAUGGACAUUGCUGCUCUGUAUAAAAAUGCAUUUAGAAUCAUUACAAUUUGUCAGAAUCCUAUUAAAUUAGUAGUAACAUGAAUUGCUGAAUGCUUUAUGAGCUGUGCAAUGAUGGAUGAAACCGUUAUUAUACUUACAGUACCAGUCAGAAGUUUGGACACACUCAUUCAAGGGUCUUGGGUUGAGGUCGGGUGAUUGUGGAGGCCAAGUCUUCACUAUUAUUCUACAAUGUAGAAAAUAGUAAAAAUGAUAGUUAUUUUAUCCUGUGCAAUACUUUGAUCCUAUAUUGUCUGUUAUACGUUAUUGACUUGUGUUUUUACUGCUAAAGAAGGUGCUAGUGGUUAGACUUUCAAGUUUUCAAAAGGUUCUGUUCUCUUGAAGGUUAAUAAAACCCUUUUAAAUCACAAAUCAUUGUCAUUUCCUUUUUUAUUCAAGUCUUUUUUGUCUAGAUGGGUGUUUAUCUCUAUAUUAGUGUCACGCCCUGACCUUAGUAUUCUUAGGUCAGGGUGUGAUGUGGGUGAUGUAUGUGUUUUGGUGUGACGUGGGUGAUGUAUGUGUUUUUGUACUGUCUAGGGUUUUUGUAUGUUUAUGGGGUUGUUACCAUCUAGGUGUUUUAUGUAUGUCUUUGGUUGCCUAGAUUGGUUCUCAAUUAGAGGCAGCUGUUUAUCAUUGUCUCUGAUUGGGAACCAUAUUUAGGCAGCCAUCUUCUUUGGGUAUUUUGUGGGUUAUUGUCUAUGUCUAGUUGCCUGUGUUUGCACUCAGUAUAUUAUAGCUUCACGUUUGUUUAGUGGUCUUCGUCUUCAUUAAAGUAUCAUGUAUUCACAUCA